CUCGUCUCAGCAAAACGCCACUAGACCUGGCCCAAGGGGGGCGCAAUAAGGCGGAAAGAAGAGAAAAAGAAAGAUCCACUAGUACACACUUUGAUCAUCGAGCCAACCCAGGCUUGAUCCUUGUCCUUCACGAUGCCGCUCCUUGAGCUGACCCCCUGACACCCCCUUGCUCUUCACUUAUUCGACUGCCUUUUCACCCCGUCCGCCCGCCGCUCUGCCUUCUCCGUCUUCACGUAUACAAAUACUCUGAUCCUCUCCCCUCAAAUCCUGAUGUUCUCGCUCGGCUUUCUUUCUCGAUCAUCAGCUCUCUCAUACCUCUUACGCCGUCCUGCUGGUCCUUUCCGCUCAGCGAACCAUCACUACUCUUUCUCGGCCGUCUCCGGCACACCUCGCCUCAUGGCUCCUCACAACGAUGCUCCCUCACCACGCAGCAGCUACUCUGCUGGUCUCAACAGAAUGCCACACCGCUCCGUGGUCACGUCGAGCCUGAUGACAGGCCGCCUCGACGCGUUGGAGCCUCACUCUCCGCUCAGCAGCUCCUACAGCACCACGUCUGAGUCUUCAUCAGACAUACACGUCGCCCGGCCACUCGUGCCCGGCGUCUACGUGCCAACCUUGUGCUUCUUCGACGAGGCCACCGAGGAUGUCGACACAGAGACGAUCGCGCGCCACGCCGUGCGCCUCGCCCGCGCCGGCGUUGCCGGGCUGGCCACGCAGGGCUCCAACGGCGAGGCCGUGCACUUGACCCAUGAGGAGCGCCAGCUCGUGACCAUCACCACGCGCAAGGCGCUCAACGAGGCCGGCUUCGAGCACAUGCCCAUCAUCGUCGGCUGCGGCUCGCAGAGCACGCGCGAGACCAUCCAGCUCUGCCGCGAGGCCUGGGAGGCCGGCGGCGACUACGCGCUGGUGCUGCCGCCGUCGUACUACGCGCCGCUGUUCGCGCCCUCGUCCGAGACCGUCGUCUCCUUCUUCACCGCCGUGGCCGACGCCUCGCCCAUCCCGCUGAUCAUCUACAACUACCCCGGCGCCGUCAACGGCCUCGACCUCUCCUCCGACACCAUCAUCCGCCUGGCCGCCCACCCCAACAUCGUCGGCGUCAAGCUGACCUGCGGCAACACGGGCAAGCUCAACCGCGUGGUGGCCGCCACACGCAAGAUGUCCUCCACCUCCCCCACCAGCACCACCACCACGACCACUACUACUACUACUUCAACUACCACCACCACCCCCAGUCCCCCGACUCAGCCGGACUUCCUCGUGCUGGCCGGCUCGGCCGACUUCACGGUGCAGUCGCUCGCGGCGGGGGGCCACGGGAUCCUGGCGGGGCUGGCGAACAUCGCGCCGCGGGCGUGCGUGCGCACGAUGGCGCUGUACGAGCAGGGGCGGCUGGCGGAGGCGCAGGCGCUGCAGGAGGUGGUCGCGCGGGGCGACUGGACGGCGAUCCAGGGCGGCGUGGUCGGCGUCAAGUCCGGCUUGCAAGGGUGGCUGGGCUACGGCGGCUACGCGCGCAGCCCGCUGCCGCGGCCGUCGGGCGAGCAGGCGCGCCGCUGGAAGGAGGGGUUCCGGGAGCUGGUCCUGCUGGAGAAGUCGCUUUCAUGACGACACCGGGUUGAGUGGGGGUGAGGUUGUCCUUGGCUUGGCUUGGCUUGGCUUCCUGCCCCUCACUCCCCGUUCUUUACUUUUACUUUAGUUUAUUUAUUUUUUUUGCUU